AUGGACGAUCAACCCAUUGUUAGCCCUGACCUUGCCAGUCUUGCAGCACUCGCAACAAGCCUUUCUGCGGAGCUCAAUGGUUUGCAACUUACUUGCGGCCAUGAAAGCACGGCCAUGGAUAUCCAGGCAGUCUCGAAAGAGCUCAUUCUGCUUGCCGAUGAACUCUCCAGUCUUGAUCAAGCUCUCAGAACCAACGCAGAUCAAUAUACCUCUGCAUUCUACGAAGAUCUUGCUGAAAUCGUCACACACCUACGUCAAAUUUUCGACGACGUCUUCGAUUGUGCAAAGGCAAUGAGGAAAUCCGAUACCCCAGAUGUCAACGCCGUUGGAUGGCUGCACAAGAAGAGACAUGUGCACAAGCUUCAAAAACACCUUGCCGCAAACAAAACAACUCUGACCGUCAUGCGUACCGUCAUCCGCCAUGGCAAAGACUAUGGUACUCAGACAUCACCCGGCCGAUUAGCAGAGUCCUCCCCACACACUCUUUUAGAGGAUUGGUCGAUUUUAGAAUCCGUCUUCGCGAGUAGGGCUGCUAUUACAGACCUUCAGCGUGCGAUUGGCGCUUCCCUUCAACACAGUUCAUCCUCGAAUUCCGAACCUGCUAGCGACACUCCCUCGUUUGAGCCCGGUGCCCACGGUCGGAAACUUUCAUCAACAACUGGUGUUGAGGUACCCCGAAUUGCCGAUGUUCUUCCUGAGAGCAGGGUCCCCCAGGCGAAGAAGAAAGAGGAUGACCUUGCACGCAGAUUUUCCAAACGUGGUGUACGGCUAGCUGUCCACAGCUCAAUCUUGGAUCUAAACGCCCACGACGUGCCAAACUCCCUAAAGCGUAAAUGGAUCUCUCAUGUCCACGCGAGAGAUCCAUCAAUGGCACAGCCGAGCAACAUCCCAGAAGUCGAUUCUUUGCCAAGCCUCCUUGCCCGUCGCUCCACCACAGGAGAGGAAACCUCCACCACAGCACCAGAGUUCGAGUCCAAGGCCAAGAAACGCAGCUUGACGUUGAUGAGUACUCCAGGUGCGAAAGCUCUCAGUAAAGUGAUCCGUCGUCUGUCCAACACUGGGCUGAACAACGACAAUAAGAGCGUGGAAAGUGAUUCCAAGCUAGGAUGGAGCUAUCGUCUCACGAAGCCGUUUAUGAAGCCAGAGUUGACCACGCCUGAUUUCCAGAAGGAUGUCGAAAGUUCGGCAUUACGUUAA